CCGUCACCUGAAUCCACACUCCCACCAUUUCCUCAUUCUUACAACUCAAACCCUUUUCUCUCUGUCUAGAAAACUUUCUCUCUCCUCCUUUGAAGCUCUCAACAAUGGCGUCUCAAUUUCAGGUCGUCAUUAUCCUCUUAGCAAUUCUCACCUCUGUUUCACACAUUUCCGCCAUUGAUACAACCUCCUCCACCUUCACAUUCUCAUCAUCUUCCUCCUCACCUUCACCUUCUUCGCCGCCAUUUCCGUUCUCCUCCUCCGAAGCUCUGAAUCAACCUCAGUUUCUCUCUAAUCUCACCACCAUCACCAAAAUCCUCAGCGAUCUCGGCUUCCACGAGCUUGCAACAGCGUCACACUCGCUUUCUCUCUCCUCCGCCUCGCACCUCCCGUGGCUCGGCCCUAUCACAAUCUUCGCUCCGGUUGACUCCUCGGUUCGCGCCUGUCCUUCGUGCUCGCUCGCUCUGCUUCUGCAAGAGCACACCGUCUCAGGCUUGUACCCCAGCGAUUACCUCAAUCGCCUCAUUUUCGGCACGAAAAUAGAGACGAUUCUCCCCGGCCGCUGCCUUACCGUCACCUCCGCCGCUAACGCCACCGCAAUCUCCAUCAGCGGCGCUCAGAUCACUCGUCCAAACCUCUACAUCGGCGACCACGUCAUCAUCCACGGCCUUCAAGGCUUCAUCUCUCACGUCUCGCCGUACUCCUGCUCAAUGGACAAGAUGACGUCUCUCAAUCUUCCUCAUCCUUCCCCUGCCAUGGCGCUCAACCGCGUGAUGCUCGCGGAGGCGAUGAUCCGUCUCCGAGUGAGCGGUUACAGCGUCCUCGCACUUGCGAUGCGUAUCAAGUACGCUGAGCUUGUAACUCUACACAACAUGACGAUCUUCGCCGUCGACGACUCCACAAUCUUCCACGGCGGCCACUCCUACGUUCACAGCAUCAGAUUCCACGUAAUCCCUAACCAAAUGCUAAAACUCGCCGACCUCGAAUCUCUCCCGGUGUCGACGGUUUUUCCGACGCUAGAAUCCGGCGAAACUCUCACAAUCACCACCCCUGGCGGCGGCGGUGUGAUGUCUCCGGUAAGAAUCAACUACAUCAAAAUCAAGUACCCUAACCUAAUCUACAAUUCCAAGCUUGUUAUUCAUGGACUCGCUUCUCCUUUUCCUCACCUUCGUCAAUCGAUUGCUGUUAGUACUAGACGGUCAGGAUCUAGUGUGGGAGAUUCCACUUCUGUUGAUGUGCGUCAAUCUACUGAGCCUGCUGCUCCUUCUCCUGUGAUGAAAUCAGUUGUUGAGAUGAUUGAUGAUAUUCAUCAAGGUCUGUGAUCUGUUCAUCUUCUUAGUCCACUAAACUUGAUGAAUUAGGUCUAUUUUCUGUUAAUUGCUGUUUUAGCCUGAUUUUAGGGUUACUAAUAAUCUUUGUUUUUAGUCUGAAAUGAGUGUAAAUAUCGGAUGUAAUUUGAUUUCUAGUUGAAGAAAUCUGUUGUUAAAUUUUGAUAGAAAUGAAGUUUUGU